GCUAGCUAGCUCCCAGUCCCUCCUAUAAAUUAAUAUUGCUCUUCUCCUACCCUAGCCUCAUUUCCCACUCUCAAAAACAAUUCUUUCUUUUAAUUUAAACAUCCAAAUUAAUUAUUCUAUUCCAAUAUAUGGCUAUUAAGCUAUUUCUAACAGCAAUUGCAAUAUGUAGAUUGAUCAUAACAGUGGGUCUAACACUGGCGCCAACCCAAUUGCUCCAUCAUCUAAGCACCCAUCAUACAGAUAUGGAAACGGUGUCCUUAGAUUUUGGACGCAUGACUCGGACGGAACCAGUUGCCGUGUUCCGCCCCAGGUCUGCCGUUGAUGUGGCUGAAUUAGUGAAAGCUGCCACGUCAACAGUGGGGUUCACAGUCUCUGCUCGUGGUCAUGGACAUUCUAUAAAUGGACAAGCCCAUACUUCGGAUGGUGUAGUAGUGGAAAUGGCAAGAAGGAGAUUAAGGGACCGUAAUGAUCACACUGAUCAGUUCAGACCCAGAGUCAAUUUCAUACAACAGUAUGUGGAUGUUUGGGGGGGAGAACUUUGGGUGGAUGUGCUUAAGUCUACCUUAGUGUAUGGACUGGCGCCUAAAUCAUGGACUGAUUAUCUCUAUUUAACGGUGGGAGGGACCUUGUCUAAUGCUGGAAUUAGUGGCCAAGCUUUUAAUCAUGGUCCACAGAUUAGUAAUGUCCUUGAACUUGAUGUUGUUACAGGAAAGGGAGAGAUCAUGGCAUGUUCAGAGAAAAAAAAUUCAGAGUUAUUCCAUGCUGUAUUAGGAGGUUUAGGCCAAUUUGGUAUAAUUACUCGUGCAAGAAUUGCCCUUGAACCUGCUCCUCAAAGGGUUCGGUGGAUAAGAGUACUGUACAACAAUUUCACAGCGUUUACAGAAGACCAAGAGUACUUGAUAUCAUUGCAUGAUAAAGGAAGCCAAAAAUUUGAUUAUGUAGAAGGUUUUGUAAUAGUUGAUGAAGGACUAAUUAAUAAUUGGAGAUCCUCAUUUUUCUCCCCAAAGAACCCUGUUAAGAUAUCCUCUUUAGGGCCAAGGGCACGCUCAUCUAACAAUGGUGAUGUCUUGUAUUGCUUGGAGAUCACCAAAAAUUACUUGGAAUAUUCUGACUCCGUUGAUCAGGAAGUUGAUGCAUUAUUGAAAGAACUAGACUUCAUACCAGCUUCAGUGUUCACAACUGAUCUUCCUUAUGUGGAUUUCUUGGAUCGGGUUCACAAAGCUGAGUUGAAACUUCGGUCCAAAGGUUUGUGGGAGGUACCACAUCCUUGGCUAAACCUUUUUAUUCCUAAGUCAAGAAUUUCCGAGUUUGACCAAGGAGUCUUCAAAGGUAUUUUGGGAAAUAAGACUAGUGGACCCAUUCUUAUUUAUCCCAUGAACAAACACAAGUGGGAUAAUAGGACUUCUGUGGUUACACCAAAUGAGGACGUAUUCUAUUUGGUGGCUUUGCUAAGAUCAGCACUUGAAAAUGGUGAAGAAAUACAAAGUCUCAAGUACUUGACAGAUCAAAAUCGAAGAAUUUUGAAGUUCUGCGAGGAGGCCAAGAUUGGUGUUAAGCAAUACUUACCUCACUACACCACUCAACAAGAGUGGAUUAAGCACUUUGGCGAUAAAUGGGACCAUUUUCAUAAGAUGAAGAUGGAAUUUGAUCCUAAGCAUAUUUUGGCUACUGGUCAACACAUUUUUAGACCUAUUUUUAAUCUUAAUGCAGAUGCUUCUUUGAGAUGACAAUUUCGUAACAUUAUAAUUUAGACGACUAAGAGUCUAGGACUAAUCAGUACCAACUUUCAAGUAUGGCAUAGGCUGACUCCAAUUUAUAGAUAUUAGAUUGUACAGAGAAUUAGAGUUUAGUUGAAUAGCUACUUACCAAAGCCACAUCAGUGAUGAAGAUUAUUAACUAUAUUUAAUUUCUCAAUUUUUCGAUUUGUAAUAAUGCCAACAAAAACUAUAUUUAGUGGUGAUUUAGACCAAAGUCAAAGUUUCUUGGCAUCAUCAAGUCAAUUAAAACACCUAAUUAAACCCUAA